GCGAGCCGUUGGCUGAGCUUGGAUGGGCUCCUAGCAGCGGUUGCGUCUCUUCUGGAUUUCCUCUGCAGGCCUGAAGAGGAGCCUUGGAGGCGCGGGGCUUUCCCCGGUUCAUGAAUAGCAGUAGAAGGAGGAAGAGUGGACGUGUCAGUGCCGAGGCUUUGGGAGUCUCCGAGACAGUUCGGUUCCUCACUUAUAUCCCACUCCUUUAGACCUCUUGCAGUUUCACUCUUGGUGAAGUGCUUGUGCUAAUCCUUUCCCUCAGUGGAAAGCUGUGCCCAAAGGCUCUGACGUCGUGGACUGCGUGAGAACUGUUCUGAAAGGUAUAGAAGGAGGAGGGCAAGGAGCAUUCUCUAUUGCCUGAGGUGAUCUUGGAAAACACAUCUGUACAUAGUUUAUUGAAUGAGCACAAUGAGCAGUGAAGAGGAAGCAUGGGAGAAAUUGGACUCAGAAUUUGACCACUACGUUGUGGAUAUGAGACCUUACGUUUUAAAGCUAGCUCAUAAAUCAGAACGUUCCAGAUGUGCUGUUUGGAUUAAAAAACUUUGUGAGCCUUCAGGUGCUGGUACAGGAAUUGUUGGUAGAAAGAACAGAAACUUAUACGCAAAACUGCUUCUUCAUAUGCUAAAGAGAGGAGUGCUGGAGGGACCAUUUACACAUAAACCUGAAUCAGGAAUAUUGAAAACACUUCCAGCAUACAUGUCAAUCUAUUUUGAUGAACCAAAUUCAAAAAGCGUUUGGAGUAACAUCCCAGAAGAUUUACCUGACUGGGUCAUGGGAGAAUUGGGCCAGAUUGAUUGUAAACCAGAUGAAUCCUGGAAACUUUCUUUUAGAGAAGAGUCUGCUUUGGUAAGCUCACCAUCUAAACAGAGAUGACCCAGCAAAUAACAGAAGUGUUGGACAGGAGACAAGAAGGAGAGAAGACAAGAUGACUGCCUGGGAGUCUGCAACCACAGGUCUCAUGAUGAAUAAGCUGAAUAAACAGAGCCAAAGUCCAGGAAAGUAAAGGGACAAACUAAAAGAAAGACACCCUGAUGAGAAGAAGCAACACGAAAGGAAGCAGCCACUGAGAAAACUGGGGUGUGAGAGUUAUUUCCUUCCCUCAGACUGGCAUGAGGUAAAAGGUCUUCAAGCUGUUUCCCUUAGAUGGUGUAAAGAUUCAGAAGAAGAGAAAAUUAAUCAAGAAGCCCAGCCAGAAACAAACAAGGAGAAGAGAUAAAAAAGUAAGGAGUUUGCAGAACAGAAAUAGAAAGCAGAAACUAAAAAAGGCAGAUUGAACUCCGUA